AAAGAUGUUAUACUCAUGUAUUUUUUAUUUGUGUUUCAGAACAAUGGAUCACUUGCUUGGUGCCAGAAUCACAAACAGUGUUCAAAGUGCCUGGAGCCCUGCAAAGAAUCCUGGGACUUGAAGAAAAACCAUUGCCAAAGCUUCUGUGAGCCUCUUUUCCCCAAGAAGAAUUAUGAAUGCCUAACUAGCUGUGAAUUCCUUAAAUACAUCCUGUCUGUGAAGCAAGGGGACUGCCCAGCACCUGAAAAGGCCAGUGGUUUUGCAGCUGCCUGUGUUGAAAGCUGUGAAGCUGAUAGUGAAUGUUCUGGAGUGAAGAAAUGCUGUUCCAACGGAUGUGGUCACACAUGCCAAGUUCCCAAGAACCUGUACAAAGGUGUUCCAUUGAAACCCCGGAAAGAGUUAAAAUUCAUAGAACUCCAGUCUGGAGACCUGGAGGUGAAGUGGUCUUCAAAAUUCAAUAUUUCCAUUGAGCCUGUGAUUUAUGUUGUUCAGAGGAGGUGGAAUCAAGGAAUCCAUCCUAGUGAGGAUGAUGCUACUAACUGGCAAACUGUGGCACAGACAACAGAUGAGCGGGUUCAGCUGUCAGACAUCAGAGCAAGCAGGUGGUACCAGUUCCGCGUGGCAGCUGUGAACGUGCAUGGGACAAGGGGCUUCACGGCACCCAGCAAGCACUUCCGCUCCUCUAAAGAUCCAUCUGCUCCACCAGCUCCAUCUAAUAUCAGAAUUGCCAAUAUCAGUGCAAACAAUGAUGGAACUGUUAAUGUAAUGAUUACUUGGGAUCUUCCAGAAGAGCCUGAUAUCCCAGUGCACCACUACAAAGUUUUCUGGAGCUGGACUUACAGCAAAUAUGUCAUCCCAGCUAAAAAAAAGAGAAGGAAGAUUACAGACGGGCCCCAAAAUUAUGUGGUCCUGGAGGGACUCCAACCCAACAGCAACUACAAUGUAGAACUACAGGCAGUAACACGCUGGGGUCAGACACGCCUUAAAAGUGCUAAGGUUUCUCUUCAUUUUAGCACGGCACAGGACAGCAGGAAUAAUAAUGAGCAGACAUCUGCUGGAAAACCUCCAAAAGGACUGGUAGAUCCUUACCCAACUUUUCAAAGAAGAAAACCCACGCGUUUUCUUAAAAUUGGAACUCCUUUCUAUCAGGACAAUCAACUUCAGGUUAAAGUCUACUGGAAGAAGACAGAUAUCAGCAUGAAUCAAUUCCAAGUCCACUCGUUACUGGAAUCCUGUGCACACAAUGACACCAAGGGACUUGAGAAAGUAACUGAGCUGACUUACGAGAACUACAUGAUUCUGAAGGACCUGUCAUUUUCAUGCAAAUAUAAAGUAACUGUUUUACCUGCAAAAUCUAAAAGUCGUUUUAAGGCUGAGAGUAUUUUCUUUGUCACCCCACCUUGCUCUGCAUUUAAAGAAAAAACCCAUAAGCACAUUAAUUGUGCUGCUGAAGAAGUGCCAGUUCUACCCAAAGUGUUGGCCAAACCCGAGAAUCUAUCUGCGUCUUUCAUUGUUCAAGAAGGUAACAUCACUGGUCAUUUUUCCUGGAAGGUGUCUAAGACAGUCCUUCACCAGCCCAUGACAGGGUUUCAAGUCACAUGGGCAGAAGUAACCACAGAAAGUCGACAGAAUAGCUUGCCCAACAGCAUCAUUUCACAGUCACAGAUACUGCCAGCAGAUCAUUAUGUACUCACCGUGCCCAAUCUCAGGCCAUCAAUGCUAUACCGACUGGAAGUUCAAGUGUUGACAACUGGUGGGGAAGGACCAGCUACUAUAAAAUUGUUCCGAACACCUGAUCUUCCUCCAUUUUUACCCCACAGACCUCAUCUGAAACAACAUCAUCCUCACCACUACAAACCACCCCCAGAAAAGUAUUAAACUGUUUAAGAUGAUUAUACAAAUAACUGAGAGAAAAACUGAGCUCCCAAGUGGAGGCUAGGAAAAGGCACAUCUACAGAAGCAAAGAAUCCAGUUUUCCAGUGGAAGUUACCACGCUGUACAAUCUGUUUCUACUCUUGUGUAGUUUAGUCAUGAAGAAUUUUAUUUCUACCAAGGCCAGGAUGAAGCAUACAAGAAGUACAAUUUCAGUACCACCAUUAUUCAACAAAUUGAAGAUUGCAUUAAACUCAACAUCUUGGAGAAAAUCAAAUGUGUUGAUUAUAAUGUUUUUGUAUUUUGUGUUUAAAGUAGAUUGAAACAGUGAAGUGUAUACAGUUAUUUCUCUUAGUGGCUUCAAUGUUAUUAUAUGAGAGGUUUUCCUGUGAUGUACACAUACUUUUGAACACUUAGAGGCCAUGUUGUCAUCAAUAUGUUUAAGUGAUGUAUUUUACUUAAAGCUCUGCCUUUCAACAGUUUAAACCCUAGUGUAUUUUGCUCUUGAAGAAAAUACCUAUUUGUCUGAAAUAAACAUAUAAGUAAACUAAGUUCCAGAACCAGAACCCCUUAAAUAAGCAAGAAUUAAUAACUGCAGCAUCACUGCAGAAGAGAAUGAUGGUACAUGUGCAUAAUCAACCAUCUCUUCUGAAGUAACAUUUCUGCAUGUAGAUCUUAUACUAAUAGAGUUAACAGUCAUAUACAACGUUGAUACUCCAUUCACUGUAAAGAAGUAAAUGACAAUUAAUACAAUUGCUUUCAAUUAGUGAUGAUUAACACAAUUUAUUUAUAAAUCCUAGAAAAAUUAUCUUUACAAUUUUGGUUGUUAACUUGAAAAGAAAUUCUAAUUUUCUAUCUAAAACUUCAACAGUUAACAUUUUAAAAAUGGAAAUUCUGAGGCACAUUUAUUAUUCAAGUAGUUGUAGAGCUACUUCUUGGCUUCUCUGUCUUUUGAUGCACAUAUCUCUUUUCCCCGUGGAUCUUUUGAACAGAAGGAUGAAUGUAUUGGCUCCAUGACGAAGAAAUACAUAUCUGAAAAAUGAGGAUAACAAUUACGCUUCCUACAGUAGAGCCUUAAAAAAAUAAUCAUACAUAGUUUGUCAAUACUGAAAUGUAUAACUUUUGGGUGCAUAUGGGGUAACACUACAGAGAGUGAAAGAGACUGAAUUAAUUUCUGAUCAUUUUUUCAUUCUAGUUUUGCUGCGUUUCUGUAUUUCCUGUGGAAGUACUCUUUUUUUCCCUGUUCUCUUUCUGUUUUUCCUGAUGUCUUUUUUAAUAUGCACUGAAUGACCAUGAUAAUUUCUAUUGCUACAUCAUUUGGGACUUUGACAGUUGAUUCAAAAAUAUUAAAUGCUGAGUUGCUUUUAUUUGCUUCCUCUGCCACUCUAUCACCUCCUCUCUUUCAAAAUAUAUUAACAAGUUAACAGGUAAACUCUUAAUCAGAUCUGUAGGGUAAUAGUUUUGUUUUCAAUUUUGAAAGAAGGCCAGUGUCUCAGAUUUUUCAAGGGGUAAAAAUGUAUACAAGACUGCUCAAAGAAAAAACUGUAUAAAUUGAACUUGUGUGCAGCAUUGCUUUGACAUUUAGGUUGUGCAGGACGUAAAGUACGGAUAGAAGGAUCUCUGUGAUGUUAGCUGAGAAUAGUUUAAAGUGGGAUCAGGGUAAUACUUUGGGCUUCUUUAAAAACCUCUGUCGAAAUCUUUCCAUCAGAAUCUAAUCCAGUUAUGCUGGAGUAAUUCUGUAGUGAUUUGAUUAAUGUUAAUGAAAUUAUGUUGUAUCCAUAGUGUCAUGAUACAUGGAUGUCAGUUUUUAUUACAGUGAUGCCUAAACCUGACUUGGAGAUAAAUUGGAAGUUAGCAGCUCUGAGUGAUCGUAUCCUUAGUCUUAAUUGCUGAGUGGAAGCCUUGUUCUUCUGAGGAUUCAAAAUUGUUAGUGUUUGCUGAUGUCUGUUUCUUUGAAACAUUCAACUUUUAGAAUAGUAACAUACUUUUAAAAGAAUAUGGAGGCUGUUUCCUUAAAAAAAAAAAC